AUGUCAUACGAAACACUGAUCGAAGAAAUCCGGACCAGGUUGGAUAGCUCCCACCAGGCCGCACUGGAUUUAAGCCUCCAAGAUAUCCGGAGGCUUGUGCCCAAGAGCCCGGCAGAGAAUAAGCAGGUGCCUGAUGGUGCAAAUGCUAUCACACGCGUGGGACUUGCAACGGCUUCCUCGCCGACAUAUGUAGGCAAGGCAAGCGACAUUCAUUUUAUUCAAAGCAUACGUCAAUGUGUUCAUGGGCCCGGGGCCGAAGAAGAGGUGUCUGCUCAGAACUAUAGCCAGACUUACGUCUCGGAGAGCUUGAGCGUUUUGACACAUCCGUUGUUAUUCCCGUCGCAGACGGAGGCGGAUCAGUACCUUGAUGUGUAUUUAUCGACGAUACAUAUUGCCUAUCCGUUUAUAUCUAAGCCAAUUCUGAUGGACGCAUUUAAGCGGUUUCAGAAUGGAGAAGUACAUGAGCCAGAAUUUCGCCCGUGGCUCGCAAUCUUUAAUUUCAUAUUCGCCAUCGGAUCGUAUUAUAUGUCUUUUCCACAUGGGAAGCAUGCCUGCGUGCAACAUCACCAGCGAUACUAUGAACAAGGUCUCUACUAUUCCCGAGAGCUGAGCGCGGAAUGUUCCUUGCUCAGUGUCUGGAUAUUUGGGAGUGCUGAGCGCAAAUCUAGUUGCUGGAAUACGUUGGGUUUUGCGAUUCGAAUGGGACAAAGCAUCGGUCUCCAUGUGGAAUCCCCUUCUACCGUCAGCUCUCGUCAGUCGUGGAUGACGGAUCGCGACCACAAGCGCCGAACAUGGUAUUCCAUGUACGUCUUGGAUCGACUGCUAGCUCUUCAAUUAGGCAGACCGAUGGCAAUCCAUGAAGCCGAAUUUCAGGUGGAACUGCCCUCCGUGAACGACCAGUCGCCAUUCAUCUCCUCUUCGCAUGAAGAUUCCGGUUCAGGUAGCGCCGCUGAGCAUGGAUGCACCAUGGCAUAUUUCCUCCAAGUGAUUCAGUUCUCGCACAUCGUCGGAUUAGUCAUCCAUAAUAUAUAUCGACCAACUCAGGUUGACUUGUCUCCAGACCAAAUGCUGCAGAGUGCUUCCACUCUUGAUCAAAGCUUAUUGGAUUGGAAGAUGAAGCUGCCACGGCAUCUUCGAUUUGACUUGGGACACACUUUUGAAAAAUCACUAUCAUACAAGCGCCAGCCCUUCAUGAAUCUGCUUCUGCGUAAUAAAGAACGAAUUGCCGAGGCAGAGUGGAACUGCGUGCAUGAAGCCCAGCAGACUGCGCAUCUGCUGCACCACGUCGUGGACGAGGAAAGCUUGGUCCAUGAUUUCCCUUGGUGGCAGAUGAUAUCUUGCCUGAUCUGCGCGAGCUCCAUAUUAUUUGUCGCAGAAAGUUAUUGUCACCACAGCAACGGUACGAAUGGGAGAUCCUCAUCGCAAAACCUGAGAGAAGAUGCAGAGACCUGUUUGAAGGUAUUUGAAGCUCUCAGCGUCAACUCGGCUGCGGCGCAGAAGGCCGCGGACAUCUUAGUGGGGCUUUCGCGGAUACGUCGAUCUACGGAGGAAGGUGGGUUCUAUCAACUCUGUUGCGAGGCCGAUUUGGAAUGA